CACUCACUCACUCACUCACUCACUCACUCAUCCACCCCGCUCCGCAUAUAUAUACGACACAUAGAGUACGAUGGCAACCAACGGCAUCGCCGCGAAUAGCGUCCUGACGCUGCAGGAGGAAAUUGCAGAGUACGAAGCUCAGCGUGCGGCUCUGGUCGAAAAGGAGAAGAGUCUGAGACAUGACUACGCCUUCCGCCAACGACUCUCCCCAACCGCGAAGAAGGCCGCGGCAAUCGUCUCGAAGAUCCGGAAAUGGGAGGCCGAGAAUGUGUGGAGAAAAGUCGAGGAGGAUGAGGGAGACGUGUUCCCCGGCAUGUGCUUCACGCUGGCGAAGGGGAGGAUGGAGAAUUCGCUGCUCUGGAAGGUGGUCAAGAGGUUUCCCAAGGGUGCUCUGCUGCAUGCCCAUUUGGAAGCUAUGGUGGACAUGGACUGGCUCCUCGACCGUGCUCUGGAGACGGAGGGCGUUCAUAUCUACUCUGAUAUGCCAUUGACGCAGGAGAACCUCUAUGCUGCUAUGUUCGAGUUCGAGUACUCGGCGGUUACGCAGACUAGCAGUGAGUCGAUCUACAGCAGCGCCUACAAACCAGCAACGAAGAUCCCCCUCGUCAUCGCCGUCGACUCGUUCCCAUGCGCCGCCACCACGACCCCGCGCGACGCCUUCCGCGCCUGGUUCAAGACGCGCACGACCAUCACACCGGAGGAAUCAAUGAAGCACCACGAGGGGAUCAACCUGAUCUGGGCGAAGUUCCAAAGCGUAUUCCGCGUGAUCCACGGCAUAAUCUACUACGAGCCAAUCUUCCGUCGAUUCGUCCGCGAGAUCCUCGAGAACGUGCACGCCGACGGCUGCAAGUGGGCCGACAUCCGCCUCGCAUUCCUGAUGCAGCUGCGCGCCACGACCACGGGCGAGAUCCUGCCGCGCCACGAGGUGGUCCGCAUCUUCGGCGAGGUGGUCGCGGGCUACGUCGCCGAGAUGAACGGCGAGUUCUGGGGCAGCCGGAUUAUCUGGACACAGGUGCGCGCGUUCGAGGCGGACGCGAUCCUCGCCAGCAUGCACGAGUGCAUCGACGCCAAGAAGCGCCACCCGCACAUCAUCUCCGGCUUCGAUCUGGUCGCGCAGGAAGACAAGGGCCGCAGCUUGCACUCGCAUCUCCCGGAGCUCCUGCAGUUCCGCCGGCUGUGCGCAGACGCCGGCGUCGACAUCCCGCUAUACCUGCACGCGGGCGAGACCCUCGGCGACGGCACAGAGACGGACGAUAACCUCUUCGACGCCGUGCUGCUGGGCGCAAAGCGCAUCGGCCAUGGUUACUCAAUGUAUAAGCACCCGCACUUGAUGCGGCUCAGCAGGGAACAGGGCAUCUGCCUCGAGGUCUGCCCGAUCUCUAACGAGAUCCUGCGGCUCACCGCGAGCAUCAUGCAGCAUCCGCUGCCUGCGGUCAUGGCCCACGGUGUGCCCGUCAGCAUCAACAACGAUGACCCCGGAAUCCUGGGACAGCUCAAGACGGGCAGCAUGACGCACGACUUCUGGCAGGUGCUGCAGGCGUACGACAAUGUGGGCCUCGAGGGACUGGGAGAUCUUGCGGAAACGGGCGUUAGGUUCGCGGCUUUCGAUGGUGUUCCGGUCGGUGUCGAGGAGGGAAUCAGGAAGCAGAGAUUGCACUUGUGGAGGGACGAGUGGGAACGGUUCUGUGCGUGGGUCUGUGAGGAAUUUCAAGAGUGGGCUUGAUUUUGUAGGCAGUAGUGAGUUGCAUAGGCAGGUUAGAGUAGAGGGAUACCCGGAGCAUACAUAGCAUAUGAUGAAUUAGAGCCACGCGCAGUACCUAGUAAUGACUACAAA